GACUGUAGCAAAUAUUUUAGUUUCGCCACUAGUCGUGCUAUGUUUGAUUGUGCAAAAUGUUGAGGCGGUUUUUAAGUUUAGCGUUUCUAAUUGGCGCGGUUUUUACUUACCCGAAUGAGCCCAAAGCAACUAAAAAUACCGAAAAACCCAUUAUUACUACGCCACUGGGGCAAGUGCAAGGGGCCAUUUUGGCCUCAAGGGCGGGGAAACCCAUUAUCUCUUUCAGGGGGAUUAGAUAUGCCAAAGCUCCAAUUGACGAGUUGAGGUUUAAGCCCCCUGUACCUGUCCCCAAAUGGGAAAACGUGGUCAACGCCACCCAAGACACCCCCUUGUGCCCCCAACCGACUGACGAACCCACUUCAGAAGACUGUCUUUUCCUCAACGUUUACACCACAAAACUGCCUAAGGGCAACGAGCAGCCCAAACGCCCCGUCAUUGUCUUCAUCCAUUCUGGGGGCUUCCAUAGCACUGGGGGAGCCAGCAAUUGGCUGGGCCCCCAAUACCUCCUGGACCAAGACAUCGUCCUUGUAACUUUCAACUAUCGACUCGGAUCGUUGGGUUUCCUAAGCACUGGGGACAAGGAAGCUCCUGGAAACAACGGUCUUAAAGACCAAGUUUUGGUCCUCAAGUGGGUCAAAGAGAAUAUUGCGUCGUUUGGAGGUGAUCCAGAAUCGGUGACUUUGGCGGGGUACAGCGCAGGGGCUAUCAGUGUGACCCUUCACUUGGUCUCACCCCUGUCAAGGGGGCUAUUCCAUAGGGCUAUAAUCAUGAGUGGGUCGGCGCUAGGCCAAAUGCCAAUCCCCACAAAUCAAAUGAAUUUGGCCAAGAAACAAGCCAAAGUUUUGGAAUGUAGUGAUGAUAACUCAGCCAAUAUUAUCAAAUGUUUGAAGACCAAAACUGCAAAUCAGUUGGGGGAGUCCCAGAGGAUGUUUCUGGAGUUUGGGGAUGAUCCAGUUGUGAUUUGGGGGCCUGUGAUUGAAGGGGACUUCGGACAGGAGAGGUUUUUGACCGCUCAUCCAAUUGAGUUGAUACAAAAGGGAGAAUUUGCAAAAGUUCCGAUUAUUUUGGGGGUUACAACUGAUGAGUUUGCCGCAAGAGCUUUCAAUGUUUUGGCCAACGAAACGUUGAAGAAGCAGAUGAGUGAAGACUUCCAAAAAAUCGCCCCUAUUGCCUUCCUCUACGACCGAGAUUCGGACAAAUCGAAAACAAUCAGUGAUGGCCUCAAGAAAUUUUAUUUGAACGAUAAACCUUUAGACAACUCGUCUUUGCCCGGCUUGGCCCAACUUUACGCCGACGCUUUGACCGGCUUUGGAGUCAACAGAGCCGCAGAACUUUUAUCAGAAAAAAACAACGCCUCGGUUUAUUACUACAAAUUUAAUUACAAGGGACGCUACAGCCACUUUUACCUACCCUCAAGUAACGGAACAAUCCCGUUCGGUGUUGUGCACAACGACGAUUUAAUUUACCUGUUCUACAUCCAGAAACUGUUCCCGAUUUUCAAAGACACGGACCCCGAAGCCCAAACUGUGAACAAGAUGAUUUUGCUUUGGUCCAAUUUUGCCAAAACUGGAAAUCCGACUCCUGAGACCAGUGAUAAGCUGGAUGGGGCCAAAUGGGAGCCUUACAGUUCCAAAAAUAAGAAGUAUUUGGAGGUUGGCAACAAGUUGGUUCUCGGGGAAAAACUGAACGAGAAGAGAUACGAGGAGUGGGCCAAAUUGUUUCCUCUGAGCCAAUACACAUCGUAACUUUUUACAUACUUACUUGUAUUUUACUGAAAGUCUGCGUAAAUAAAGGUUUUUGUACUGGAA